GCACUUCCGGGAAGAUGGCGGCGCGCAGGGCCGCUGUGGCACGUGUGUCCGCGGAGAGGACCCGUCCAUGACGGAUGAUGCCACCUUUCCUUCCCUGGUGAGAGCCUGACACAGAGUGCCCAUCAUGAGUGUGACUCCAGAGGUCAAGAGUCGUGGGAUGAAGUUUGCUGAGGAGCAGUUGCUGAAGCAUGGAUGGACUCAAGGCAAAGGCUUGGGCCGGAAGGAGAAUGGCAUCACCCAGGCCCUCAAGGUGACACUGAAGCAAGACACUCAUGGGGUGGGGCACGACCCUGCCAAGGAGUUCACAAACCACUGGUGGAAUGAGCUCUUCAACAAGACUGCAGCCAACUUGGUAGUGGAAACUGGGCAGGAUGGAGUACAGAUACGGCAUCGUUCUAAAGAGACUACCUGUCAUAAUCACCCCAAGCCCAACUUGCUGUAUCAGAAGUUUGUGAAGACAGCCACACUGACUUCAGGCGGAGAGAAACCAGACAAAGAUUUGGAGAGCUGCAGUGACGAUGACAACCAGGGACCCAUACCUCCAAAGAUUCUGACUGAUGAAAUGCUGCUCCAAGCUUGUGAGGGGCGAACAGCAUACAAGGCUGCCCGUCUUGGGAUCACAAUGAAGGCCAAGCUUGCUCGGCUAGAGGCCCAGGAGCAGGCCUUCCUGGCUCGUCUCAAAGGCCAGGACCCUAGGUCCUCUCAACCACAAACUGAGAGUAAACCCUCUCAAAAAAAGAAAAAAAGGAAGCAGAAAGAGGAGGGAAAGGCUACAGGAACUGAAAAGAAUAUAGGUGAGGAACACCUGGAACACAAUGACAAGAGCUUCAGAAAAAGCAAGAAGAAGAAAAGGCAACAUCAAGAACAGGUCUUAGAGGAGAGGGAACAAACAACUAUAGGGAGUGAGGAGGAAGAGGUUAUACGAACAAGUGGGUUUGGGGAAUUGAAGAGCAGAGAACAAUCUGAUCAGACUCUCAGGACAAAGAAGAAAAAGAAGAGGCAGCACCAUGAAGUAGAGGAGGAGACGGGGGUCUUCACUGAAGGAGGAACAGGGAAGGAGGCUGCAAGUGGUGUCAGGACAAAGGUGAAGAGCAAAGCACACACUGACCUGUGCAGCAGAAGCAAGAAAAGGCAACAGCAUGAGGAGGACUUAAACACAGAGGAUGAAAAAAGGGAGGAGACUGCUUCAAGUAGCGGGAUUAGGGAAGCAGAAAGCAGAACGGGCAGUGAAAGAGGAAGCAAAAAGAAAAGACAGCAGUGUCAGGAAGAGGUCUUAGUUGUAAACCAUGAAGAUAAAGAUGGCAGGACUAGGGAAACAGAGAGCGUAAGUAAGAGGCAGACAAAUCUAGAGGAGAAGAGAGCUGGAGUCAACACUGAGCAGAGAUUCAAAAAGAAGAAACAGAGGAAGAAAGACUGAAAGUCUGGUCAAGGUGGGGCUUAAUCAAUUUCCAGUUGUAGUGUCAGAGGCCUGGGUCAAGGCAGGUCUUCAGCACACUCUCCUACAUGAGGAUUCCCUCCCAAGAAAGAAACUGAACUCUGUAAUACCAGAUUUUGAGAGGAGAAAGCCAACAUGCUUUAUCUUAGCUGAGAGAGAGUCCUAGUUCCCUCUGCAGCUUCUAACCCAGACAGCAUGCACUCCAGUGCUUCCAGGAGCCAGGCAGCUGAAGGACAAUGAGUACUGGGGGCUGUGGGAAGAGGAACGCAGUGAGGGGCAUCUGCGUUUGAAGGAACAUCCCUGCUAAAUUAAGAAGCUGAAAACAGACUUUUGUGAAAUGUCUGGAUUUAAUUAUUGUGAAGGCUAAGGAAAACAAUUUUAGGUCUGUGGGCUAGAUUCAGCUCACAGGCUGCCAGUUUCUAACUGUCUUGGAUGAUUAUGAAUAAAUGUCAGCUUGGGCUCCUAGCCUACAAAUAAGUCCUAACUGGCAUCUCUGUUCCCAGACUGAGAAUGACUUGAGCACAAAUUAGAUUUUCCUUGGAGACCUCUGAAGAAAUUUCUUGUUAACUUCCUGGGUCUUGCUACACUGACGUAAACAGAAGUAGUUUAGAGAUGUCAUCUCCCUGUGUGUACCAAAUGGAAUAAGCCCACGUAAAGGCAUCUAACAGUUAUUUUUCGUUGCUUCCAAAUGCC